AUGUUCAGUCUGUAUCCACACAGAAUGUGUAUGGGCCUCUUCCGGUCACAGCCAGGGAGAGAGGUCCCCCAUUUCUGGGCUCUGAAGAGCCUGCACCGCCUGCCGGCAGCCAGCAGCAUCUCCCUGCAGAGGCAGCCUCCCAAAGGGUCUGGCGCGGGCUGUGACCAGGCUGGCGCUUCUCCCAGACGGCCCCCCAGACGGAAGAGGUCGCAUGCCGGCCAGCACCUUUCUGAGGCCGUGACUUUCUGUCUCUUCUUCACUCCUUUCUACUGCUGGGCAUCAGGCCCCUCGAGGUGCCAGCGUGGCGACUAG